CUCGGGGGAGCAGAAACCGUUCUGUAGAAGGAGUGCGUGAUACGUUACCUCGAGACUUGGAGACGUGGCGCCUGCUUGACCCUAUGGAUGAGGUCAAGCGUGUCUGGGAGGCCGUCAGGCCGACACUUCAUGACGCCGGAAUUCGACUGUGGGCGUAUGAAGGAUCUAGCUCAGAGGCGGAUCCACAACAAACUCUCAUGUCCAACGGCUUUGCGUAUCUGACCCCGACGCGUGGCGAAGCUUGGGUUUCAAGACUCCAGAUGUUUAAUUGUCAUAAUGAACUUACCUGUGGAGGUUCGACUAUUGGAGGGCUCAACGUGGUCAUUCGCGUUGCAGCUAUAGGAGACGAGGGUAAACGCCACCUGGAGAUCUUGCGCAAGCUUGCCCAAGGCACGACCGGCUUGUGGACAGAGAAUCAUGUUGUCCCUCUUUGGAAGGAGGUGCAGUUUGAUGAUAUCGUCUUCAUGGUCUCGCCGUACGUUGGUCACUCGAUGGAACAAUGCUAUGGGAGGUGGGCGAACAACUCCGUCGGAGAUAUAGUGGAUAUGAUCCUGCAGGCACUUGAAGCAAUCGUCUUCGUCCACGGGCUCGGAAUAGUGCACAGAGAUCUAUGCAAAUCAAACUACCUUGUUCAGUGGCAUCCGGAAUCUUUGUCGACUAUGCGGGUGCCUCUAUGCCGCCCGCGUGCAUUCCUGACAGACUUCGAGACAGCUCACGAGUUUCCACCGGAUAUGCCUACUGAAGAGCGGUUGUUGAGUGGUCUGCCUGUCGAGGACUACCAACGGCCUGUCCCUCCUGAAAUGGACUCCGGGGCACUGUACGACCCGUUCAAAGCCGACGUAUGGCAGUUUGCUGAGAGCUUCUCUGACGUUAAGACCACCGUUCCCAGCAUCGAUGCUAUCCUAGAAGAUAUGUUCGCGUUGGAUGUGUCUCUGCGAUUGUCUGCAUCAGAUGCUCGCGACAGGCUGGCGGAGGUCGUCCACAGCACUCCACCUAUAAGCCUUCUGAUUCCGCCCCUCCUAUUGAAUCCCCUGCCUAUAUUUUGAGUUCUCCCCUUUCGUGUAGGGUUUAUUCAUAUUUGUCGCUUGUAGUACUUUCAUCUGAUUGAUUUUUGCAUUCCUGAUUGGAACACCCUAGGCCCUGACUG